AUGUUGGAAGAUGACUUAGAAACGCAGCCCUUGUUGGGCGGCCCACAAACAAACACGAGAGAUGGUGUUAUACAGCCAGCCACACAACGGUUAACAAACCUUCCAAAUGAUAGAAGAAAAAGCAAAAACUAUUCAAAUUGUUUGAGAAAGGUCCACCUAAUGAUAUUAGGUGCUUUUUUUGUUGGUAUAGCAUUUAUGUUCAUAACGUGUAGAAUUACCACAUUUGUAAAACAUACGCCUACAGUCGAUGAAGUGCAGGACAAUGUAUUUCAAAUAUCAGAUGUUGAAGUUCGUGAUGUGACCAUCGAUGGUUGGAGAGAAAGUAAAAAUAAUCCAACUUUGGAUAACGAUAAUGGAAAAUAUUUACAAGUGACAGUACAAGCUAACUAUAUGAUAAAUUAUGAUCGUUUACAAAAUAGUUCUUUAGCUAUAGAUCCUCAGAAAGUUGAAAAUUUUAAGUUUGUGGCAGAAAAUCUAGUUAAGACUCUUUGUAUUGAUCUUAAUAACUCCACAACCUUUCAUAAUGUCAAUAACAAAAAUUUUGCAUUAGCAAAUGUAUUGGUUCAGAAUCCUGUAUGUGUCUCGUUACUUAAUGGAACUGUAACACCUUUGAAUGUCACCCUGUUAGUACAACCAAACAUGAAGAAUAUUAUGAGUGUCCUGAAGAAGAUUCUAUCUCAUAAAUAUGAAGGUUUGCAAUUGUGGUCUCGUGUGAGUGUUACUUUAUACAAACAAAGCAUAAUGAAACUGGAUAUUAAACUAGCUACAUUACCAAGAGUUAAAAUAGAUUGGACAAAAGUUUUCGAAUGGAAUAAAUUAGAGGAUCAAUUUUUACGUUAUCUAGAUAAAAAUCUGGAAAUUCCUAAAGUUCAGCAAUUACAAGUCACAGAUGAUUCAGAACAGUAUUUUGAUGUACAAAUACAGACAACUCCGUUAAGGAUAUUGGAUAAAUUGUUAACAGAUAACAAAUGGAUACACAUACCACAGAAUACAAUUAUACCGCAUCUUAAAUGGAGUAUAAGACUUCCCGAUUGUUUUAAUGAAUGUACUAUUGAGGUCCCUACAUUGGAAUGUCAUAGUUCAAAAUUUGAUUUGAGGCAAAAUGAAUCGCUAACUAUUUAUAACAGACUUGGAGGUCCGUUACCUCGAGAAUUACUAUCACAUGUUUGUUCAUCUGAUGAAGAGAAUACAGUUACACCUUUAACAAUGAUACUAAACGAGCUUAUGAAUGAUUCGUUAAGUUGUGGGAUAGAGUUGAAAGGUGCAAUUGCAGACAUGAGCCAUUUAACUGUUCAGAAUGAAGAGGAUAUGCUUUUACCACCAGAUAUUUUACAAUCUUUUUUCCAUGAGUUAGAUUAUUUUCCAAUAUCUAUUAAUACAACGUUUAAUGCUACAGAUAUCUUAAGAGUGAUCACUAUUGACAAUAUGCGAUUGAUAUGGUCAGAUAACCGACUUCGUAUGGUUGGGACGAUGAUAGCCUCUAUUGAUCUUGCAUUUUAUAAUACACAAGAAGAAAGACUUGCUGUACAUAAUAUCAAGGGUAACUUAGAGAUAUAUCAUACAGGGACACAUUUUCUAUCUAUCCCAAUGACAGUUUGGACUAAAUCUACAUCUGAAAUUAGACAUGAUGAGGAUAAUAACAACAGCACCUUCAUCGAUGUCACAUUUGACAUAAAGGACGAUGAUAUGAAAGUAAUUGAUCGGGGUGAAUUAUCUGAAGUGUUUAAUGAAAUUUUCUUCAAAGGAGAGACUCGAGUGACCUUUGACUCCAUCCUUGAUGUAGUAGUAGAAAGUGUCCUCGGAGAGGUAGUCAUCACUGGAUUGAAGGCUUCUGGAGAGACUCUGGUACACUAA